AUGUCUUCUUCUUCCUUGGAUGUCGAGCAUGUUCUGUCCAACCUCACUUUAAAUGAGAAGAUUGCGCUUCUAUCAGGGAAAGAUACCUGGGGGACUCACGCUGUGGAGCGAUUGGGUAUUCCCUCCAUCACAACAACAGAUGGACCGCAUGGCGCGCGGGGCACAUCCUUUUUCAAUGGCCCCCGAGGCAUCCUGCUUCCCUCGGCGACUGCCAUGGGCGCAACCUUUGAUACCCAGCUGAUGCGAUCCGUCGGCCAUCUACUAGCCAUUGAAGCCAAGGAGAAGGGCUGCCAGGUUCUGCUCGCACCUACCGUCUGCCUGCAACGCUCCCCCCUAAUUGGCCGAGGAUUCGAAGCCUUCGGCGAAGAUCCUAUCCUCAGUGGCCUCAUGGGUUCGGCGUAUAUCAACGGCGUCCAAGGAGGCGGCGUCGCUGCUUCCAUCAAGCACUAUGCCGCACAUGACCAGUCUUCUAUGUCUUUGGAAGAUGACCUCCGCGUCUCUGAGAGGACGCUCAGAGAGACCCAUCUGUUGCCCUUCCAGCUGGCCGUCAAGCACUCAAACCCAUGGUCGUUCAUGAGCUCAUACCACCGCAUCAAUGGCGUUCACACAUUUGAGGAUCCCUGGCUCAAUACCCAGCUGCUGCGUAAGGAAUGGGGCUGGGAUGGCUUGGUAAUGAGCGACUGGGGUGGCACCUGCAGUACCACAGAAUCCGUCAACGCUGGUCUGGACCUAGAAAUGCCCGGUCCGACGCGAUGGAGAGGCGAGCGCCUGGAGCUCGCAUUGCUCUGUCAAAAGGUCAAGAUGGAAACCAUUGAUGAGCGAGUCCGCAACGUCCUCAACCUGGUGAAUAAGGUCAGGCCGGCACUCGAGAACACCCCCAAAGGCGCCGACAGCCAGUCUGGUGAUACUCCUGAGAAGCGAGAGAUCUGCCGCGAAGCCGCCCGAAGCUCCAUCGUUCUUCUCAAGAACGACAAGGGCGUAUUGCCGCUCGACCCUCUGGCGGACCAGACGUAUGGCCUUAUUGGUCCUGCUAUCAGGAACCCAGCCGUGAGUGGCGGCGGGUCGGCUGAUCUUGUUCCUUACUACAUAAGUAAGCCUCUACAAGCUAUCCAAGACGUUGUUGGCCUCGAACGCGUCAAGACGGCAAUUGGAUGCUACUCCCACCUUUUCACACCACUCCUGACUGAGAACGUCAGUGUUCCUGGCAAAAGUGAUGCCGGCUAUGAGCUCUUUUGGUAUGCCGAGGACCCGGAGGCCGACCCUGCGCCCAAGGCUGUCCAUACCACGAAAACAACCGAGGCCCAGAUGUACUUUGCAGAUGACGUCCCAGCAGGCGUCCCCGACGCAUACUGGCUUCGCGUCAACACGACGUACACGGCAACGGAGACAGCCACCAUGCAGCUAGGUCUCUGCGUGAUGGGCAAAGCUCGUCUCUACAUUGACGACAGGGAGGCAAUCGAUCUAUGGACCAGCCAACCCGAGAAGACGCUCCAAACAGCAAUGUUCAACCAAGCCAGUAUGGAGGUUAUUGCUGACUUGGAAGCCGAGGAAGGGAGGUCAUACCGCAUUUCCGUUCUAUUGAAGAAUGAAUCAAUCCGUCCGGGGUACGGGGCGCAGAACGCCGGCGGAGUACGGAUCGGUUGCUGCGAGAAGAUCGACCCCGCCGUGGCACUUACGGAGGCCAUCGAGCUAGCCAAGCAGGUCGAUGUCCCGAUCGUCAUCGCCGGGUUGAACUCCGACUACGAGUGCGAGGCCCUGGAUCGAGUUGACCUGGAGCUACCUCCUGGUAUCAACGAACUAAUUACAAAGGUCAUGGAGGCCAACCCAAGAACCAUCAUCGUGAGCCAGUCCGGUUGCCCCGUGACCAUGCCCUGGGUAGCGGAUGUGCCUACCCUCGUGCAUGCCUGGUUCGGCGGCCAAGAGACGGGUAACGCCAUCGCCGAUGUUCUGUUUGGUCGCCACAGUCCGAGCGGUCGUCUUUCCGUUACGUUCCCUCGUCGAAUUGAAGAUACGCCGGCCUUCCUGAGCUGGGGCAAAGGGCUACGCGAGAUGUACUACGGAGAAGGUGUGUUUAUCGGCUACCGGUACUACGAGAAGCUCAGAAACGACCCGCUCUUCUACUUUGGACACGGGCUUUCCUAUACGACAUUUGAGUACUCAAACUUGAGGGUCCCCGAGAAGGUCACGCUGGGCAGCAAGGGCGAUCAGUCAUUCGAAGUGUCUGUCGAUCUCGCCAACACGGGAGAGAGGGACAGCCACGAGAUCGUCCAGAUUUAUGUCUCGGACGUGGACUGCAAGGCUCUGAGACCUCGUAAGGAGCUCAAGGGCUUCGCCAAGGUAUGGUUGAAGAAGGGCGAGACAACAUCGGUCAAGAUCAGCCUGGACAAGUACGCCUUGUCGUAUUGGAACGAAUGGAAAAAGAUGUGGCACGCUGAGAAGGGGGCAUUCAAGAUCAUCGUUUCUCGGAGCGCGGAUCCCAGUGCAGAAGUUCUACAAAAGGUCUUUGAGUUGGAGGCGGACGUCUACUGGACUGGUGUGUAG